AUGAACAAACAACACUUCCAGACAUUGUCCACACAUUUCAAGACAAAUACUGACCACUCGUUUGGACACCAAUUACAAGACAAUUGUGCCGUCGAUUACAACGUGACUGAAGAUGACAGCAAUCGAGUGUCCAUUAAAUCAUUUGACAGCAAAUAUGUCCACAAAAUUAAACAAUUGAAGAGAAAAUACACUAAACGGACAAAAACGAGUGCCGAAGACACGAAUGGAUGCAAAACAAACAUCAAAGUGGAGGGCAGAGCCAGUGAUCACCAAAAGCGGAUCCCACGGAAAGGCCAAUACGUAUGCGAUUAUCCCAACUGUUAUACCACUCGAGUCUUCGCCGAUAAAUACCGUUUGGCCGCACAUAAGAGGCGACACUUGAAUCCACUCGACUUUGUGUGCGAUUACGAGGGCUGCGACUUCAUGUGCUGCGAAAAGAUACGGCUCAUAAGGCAUCGGCGAACCCAUCGACCGGAGCGGCCAUUCAUUUGUCCGCACGACGACUGCGGGAUGAGCUUUAAGUUUAAGACAAUUCUGACUCAACACUUAUUGGUCCACUCGGACGGACAGUUUGUGUGCCCAUUGGAUGAGUGCCGGCGAGCCUUCCGUACACCACAACAGCUAACGGUUCACAUCUCUCGUCACACAAAAGUGCCGACCCGUCGGUGCGAUUACGACGACUGUACGCAAGCGUUCUUCACUCAAUACCAACUCCGACAGCACCAGGAGUUGGCCCACAAUCGGCUGUAUUUGAGCCGUAAGUGCGGUUACGGCGACUGCAAAGAGCGGUUCCGAACCAAAGCCGAAGCGCGUGUCCACCGGGAGGCGACUCACGGCGUGGACCCACUGGCGUACCCGUGCUGUUGGCCGGGCUGUUCGUUCCGCACCAAACGGUCGGACUGUUUGCGCCGACACGUGAACCGGUGUCACAGCGAUGUGCGGCCACACCUGUGUUCGUGGCCGGAGUGCGGCAAACGCUUCUCCGAAAAGGACAAACUCAGUGAUCACAUGCGGACCCACACUAAGGCUAAACCGUACGCCUGUGUGUGGCCGGGCUGUACCUAUAGGUGCUCUCUCGCCGGCAAUAUUACUAAACAUCUCAGAGUUCAUAAGAAAUAG